AUAUUAUUUCAUUUCCGUUAAAAAAGCAGCCAUUUUAUCAAAAAAAUGUGUCCAGUUUAAGAUUCUAUUGGAUAUAAUAUUUUGAGUACAAGAGUAGCGGGCUUCAAUUGGCGUGUCGUUACUGUAUCUAAUUUUGCGUCUAAAAACACUCAAAUACAGAGCUCGUCUUCACCGUUGAUAAUCAAACAAAAACUUUAAAACACCCUGAAAAAUCUUUUCGAAGUUCCCGUUUUCAAAAAAGAGCACAACGUUUUGUUUGCAUGCUGAAUCAAAGAAACACAUCUUGUAUCAAGAAACAUCUCAAUUUUAAUACAACUUACAUUCAUAUUUGCUAUAUUUAAAUCAAACGUCACUUUUAUAAAUAUAAACUAUCUGAUCAGCGGUUCGUUAAAUUCAUUGCUCAUCUGAUCAAUAUUAGGAGAAAUUGAUGCAAGUUUGGUCUCUUUAUAAUUUCUUCAACGAACUUACAUCAUUGUUCGUUGAACGCGAAAAAAUGAGUAUAAAUAAGGAGAGAUCGAGCAAAAAGUCAGAAAAACAAUUUUCCCUCUCACAACAUUUGAAGUUAUUAAAUCCAAUUAUUCGCCAAAUACUGAUCACUUAUCGAGAUAAAAACUCUUGAAACCAGUACAUUCUAGCCAAUCAUUUUCCUAAACAACCCAAAUUACAAACAAUGUAUGCUGAAGAUAAUGAUAUCACAGCUCUUGUCAUUGACAAUGGAUCCGGAAUGGUCAAAGCUGGCUUUGCUGGCGAUGAUGCUCCUCGAGCAGUCUUCCCUUCAAUCGUGGGUCGACCCAAAUACGAUAGCAUUAUGGUAGGAAUGGGAAACAAAGAAACAUACAUCGGAGAUGAGGCGCAGUCAAAAAGAGGAAUCUUGGCUCUCAGAAAACCAAUCGAACAUGGAAUCGUGACCAACUGGGAUGACAUGGAAAAGAUCUGGCAUCAUACGUUCUACAACGAACUCCGACUUGCCCCUGAGGAACAUCCGGUGCUCCUCACUGAAGCGCCUCUGAACCCGAAAGUUAACCGAGAAAAGAUGACCCAAAUCAUGUUUGAGACGUUCAAUGUUCCAGCGAUGUAUGUUGGUGUCCAAGCCGUUCUAUCACUCUAUGCUUCUGGAAGAACAACUGGAUGUGUUUUGGACAUCGGUGACGGUGUUGCUCAUACAGUUCCGAUAUACGAAGGCUACUCGUUGCCACAUGCCAUCCAGCGGAUGGACCUCGCAGGACGUGACUUGACCGGAUACCUUGCUCGCAUUCUCCAUGAGAAGGGCUACAAUUUUGUUACAUCUGCCGAAAUGGAAAUAGUUCGGGACAUCAAAGAGAAAUUAUGCUAUACUGCGUUCGACUUCGAUCAAGAAUUUCUGGAAUCCGAAAAAUCGAGCAGAGUUGAGAAAAACUACGAACUUCCCGACGGAGAGGUGAUCACGAUUGGCAGUGAGAGGUUCCGAUGUCCGGAGGUUCUGUUCAAGCCUGAACUGACUGGAAUGGAAGCAGGGCUCGGAGUCCACGAGAUGACUUACAAAGCAAUCCAGAAAUGCGAUGUUGACAUCCGCCGAGAUCUCUUCUACAACACUGUGCUUUCCGGUGGCACUACGAUGUUCCCGGGAAUCGCGGAGAGAUUGAGCAAAGAACUCACAGAACUGAAUGGCGACCGAGUAAGAGUGAAAGUGGUUGCACCUUCUGAGAGGAAGUACAGCGUCUGGAUUGGGGGCUCAAUUUUGGCUUCUCUGUCUUCUUUCCAGCAGAUGUGGGUAUCAAAAGAGGAAUAUGACGAGUGUGGACCGAGCAUUGUGCAUAGAAAGUGCUUCUAAUUUUAACUGAUGUUUGAAUGUUUGAUGCAGUUUUAAUUUAAUUUUUUUUAGGUUUGUAAAACCUGAUAUUUAUUCACAUUGUACAUUUUUUUUUUAAUUUUUUUUCUUCAAAAUAUAAUAUAAUUUAAUCCGAAA